AUGACGAACGAACAAGACAACAGCAUCAUUGCCCUUCCUGUUCAAAUAGACGGAACGGUCAGCGACUGCGGUGCUUCAUCCACGCCUACAGAUGGCUCGGGUUCAAGUGGGAUGUUGGCGACAAAUGAGACGGCUGCUCCGGAUGCGCUGUUCAGCCAAUCAGCCUUAACAACAGCUGGUAAUCAUCUCUUCGCCAUCAAUGCUGGGUCCAACAGCGUCACCAUGUUUGCCAUUGACAAGAAUGACCCAACGAACCUCACAAUGGUUGGCCGGCCAGUACCCGUGCCCGGCGAAUUCCCAAACACUGUCGCUGCUUCUCAGACGAACAAACAGGUCUGUGUAGGUAUGACGGGGGCCCAGGCGGGCAUCUCAUGCGCCUCCUUCUCAAGCCAAGGCAUCGGAGCAAUGGAUACUUUACGCGUGUUCGAUAUCGGUCAAAGCACCCCCCCUGUUGGCCCAGAGAAUACUGUCUCCCAAGUAUUUUAUUCGGGUGACGGCUCGACGCUGUUUGCCACCGUGAAAGGAAACCCGGCAGUGAACAAGACAGGAUUUUUGGCGGCCUUUCCGGUCCAGGGCGGUAUUGUCAGUCAGCAAGGCGUGCAGUCAUCUCCGGACGGCACUGCGGUUCUGUUCGGCUCUACGCCCAUUCCUGGCAGCAGUAAUAUCUUCGUCACCGACGCAUCAUUCGGCGCGGCCGUCCUCAGUAUCGACAAAGCUGGCGCGUCGACGGUUGCGGGCAAGGGAGCAGUGGAUGGCCAGGCGGCCACGUGCUGGGCCACCAUCAGCCCGGCGACGAAUACGGCCUUUGUGACCGACGUCGGAAAGAACCGUUUAGUCGAGGUGUCAACCACGAGUGCUAUGGUGAUGGGCCAGAUCGAUCUCAGCGCGAACGGGGACCCGGGCCUCAUCGAUCUCAAAGCCGCGGGCAAGUUCAUUUAUGCGUUGAGUCCUGGCAAUGGGACUACCCAGGCAGCAAUGACGGUCGUUAAUGCUGUUAGCAAGCAACAAGUGCAGCAUCUGCAGCUCGACAUGCUUGGUGCCAGGAAGACUGCUCAAGGGGUUGCCAUUUUGUUGUAGAAGCAAGAGAGAUGGAUAUCUGGCUGGAAUUAUUCCUUGUCUAAAAUACAUAUCCUAGUAGUUGACUAAUACUGACAGCUGAGCAUUUUCUCCCUUUAUCCUCUUCAUAUUUUAUGGGAGAACUUGAAGCACUACUGGAGCCGGUGAUCAGUUUUUUCAGAAUGUUACUCUAAACCAGAAAGAAGUAUAACAGUUUCAAGCAGAUGUAGUCUCUAAAUUGGCUCAAGGGAUGCUCCAUGAACUGCGAUGAACACUACCUGC